GUGCCCUUUGGUUCCGAUGGUAGAGAAUGUGCCCCGGCCCCAUUAGAGCAAACGAGACGGAUGGUUUGCGCGUUUGAUUUGUCGGCGGUGUAUUCAGAAGACUGAAUAAUGUGAAAUGUAGCGACUCCGUCGGUCCAGUUCUUUGCAAAUGUGCUCCAGGUUCGGUCGAGGGGCAUGUUUCUCCCAUAUAACGGAGUAUCAGUAUCGCCAAUGACGGAGGACUUUAGUAAAGAAAAGGUCUUUGAAAGCCCCUUUCGUUGCCGGUCCGUACGCUGUCGGGUUGAACGAUUUUCGGAUUGGUAGCGGGAACGGGGUGGUUCUAUCCGAGGUCUUGACAUAUUCCUAGCAUGCUCAAUGUACUCAUUAUAUGGCGAUGAAUAAUAAUACCCAGUACUCUUGUCUCGCUCUCUAGUUUCGAAUCUGGUGGAUUCCGAACUGUAGCCCUCGGACACGCGACUGCCAUAUGACGCAGAUGAUGAUCUGGACGGCGGGAUGGUGUCUCUUUCAAAAUGCACUCGGUUUCGCUGCACUGCCGGUCGAUCGUUGCCAUCGUCACUGGAGUAAGUAGUAUGUCCGUCCCUUCCAACUAGGAAAACCCUAGUGCUGGCCCUGGCCUUGCUGGCCGCGUACCGAUUCGGAGGCGGCCAUGAGCGGUCAUUCUCACUCUCAUCCUCGCUGGUUUCACUGGGUAUUGCACCUCCAUCGCUACCUUCAACACGCUCUUCUUCUCGCGCAUCAAAGUUAAGCUCUUCAGUCCCGGACUCGUCGUCAUUGUUUCCAAAGGCGACUUCACUCUCUGGCUCGACGUCAGAGCGGUGCUCGUCAGCCUGCCCAGCCUGAUACGUCGAUUGAGAUUCUCUUUCUCUGUGGGGAGAACGCCGGAUGUAUACGGUGGUGUGACGUACCACCCUGGAGUGAUUUGAAUUCUCGUCACUAAAAUCUGCGUAAUCCGGGCUGAUAUGAUCAGCUCCCGGCUUGCGGCUGUCGACCCCCUCACUAUCGCUGUAUUCGCUCAUGUCUACCGAAUUCUCGUACAGCGACGCAUGGAACGCAAUCGGCUUAUACUCGACGUGAUUGUAGCUCCGGUGCGAGAAAAUGUUAUUUUUCUUGUGGCAUGACGAGUAAGAGACGCGGAGAUGUUUCCAGCCAUCUUGAAGUGUCUGCACCGACCUGCAGUCAGCCUCAGCCUCGUUAAUGUGUUAACCCCUGCUAGCGGUCCGUGGUCUCCAAUUCGCUUCAGCGGUAUAGUGGUUGAUCAAGAGAAUUAUUGCAAGGAGUCCAAAAUAAGGAACAAUAAAAAAGGGAUGUAUUUGAUUAAUGGUAACAGAUCUGCAUAUGAGGUAAUAUAUAGUCGGGAAACAGACACGCCGCUGCAAACUGGCUUGUCGAAAGACAAAAUCAGGCGUACCUGUGUUGCUCUUUUGUAGUGUCAAUUAGUGUCAAUUAGUGUCAAUUAGUGUAAAUAUUGUUUGAUACAUAGAAAUACAGGAGGCUGCAAUAUGAAGCAGGUAAACUUAGAAGCUCCAUACAACGCCAGUUCUGGCGUUAAGUAAUGAUUUGCAGUCAUCCAUUGAAGAGUCUGUCGGGAGUUGAGAUGUGUUCACUACGGUUCGCUACGGCUUCCCCCAAACUGGCACUGCCUGGUCGAGUUCGGUUGCGGACCGUACCAUCGCUAACGGCUGUGGUGGGUAGGUGUCCACACUGGAGAGCCACCUAUUGCAACGCCACGCAACCUCAAACCAUUCCUCAUCAACAUCCUCUACUACUUAAUCUCAUUCUUUCCCAUCGCCAAUUCAUCUCCCCCAAAAUGCUCUUUAAUUCCUCUCUUCUCGCCGGAUUGGCCUUCCAGGCCAUCGCCGUCAUCGCCCAGACUGUCGGCGAUGCCUCAUCUCUCAAAGUAACCGCCAAGACGAGCUUCCCAGACUCUGACAUUCUCGGCCUGCGUCUUGUCAAUGGCGCGCCUACUCGCGCCAUUAUCGAGGUAACCAACAACGAAAAGGCCCCCGUCACAGUCGCCAUCGUCGCAGGCGUCCUCGCCAACCCUGAGCUUCUCCCGGAAAACACACCCGCAUGGCAGGGCAUUCUGCGCAACCUCAGUGCUGUGCAGUACGAUGCUGCCGUUCAGCCCGGCGAGGCCAAGGAGCUGAGCUACGCGUUCUCUGUCGACAUGCUCCCCCGCGAUGUCAAGCUCGAGAUUAUGACUGUUAUUACGGACGCCAAGGGCGCUGUUUACCAGAUCCCCGCGUACGGCAGCGUUACUUCCGUAGUCGACCCAGCUACGAACCUGCUCGACCCCCAGAUCAUUUUCUUGUACCUCAUCCUGUCCGCUGGCUUUGCUGGUGCGCUCUACCUUAUCUUCACGACCUGGAUCCAGCCUCUCUUCACACAGACUCCUAAGCGUGAGCCUCGCACUCCCAAAAAGGCCAAGAAGGCUGCGGAUCUAUCCACGUCUCGUAGUAUUGGCGCGGGUACUGGGCGCCAGACCUAUGACGAGAGCUGGAUUCCUGAGCACCAUAUUAACCGCGCCGUGUCGAAGAAGGCGGCGGGCAAGCAAAGUGAUUAAACAUAGACGCGAGUGCCCUUCCAAAGAGGAUGAAGAAGUACAGAAAUUAAAUAUAUCAUUUUAUGUGUAAACCCAUGAAGAGAGAGGAGCCGUUGUUCAUAAAUCAUCCUGUCCCUAGCGCCAGCGCCGCUCCAUUGUUCGAUUAUAUAUAUACCCUGCCUUACGCCCGCUUGUCUGCCGCGGCGGCGGCAAGAUAGCUCAUUACUGCACGCUCUUGUAAGCGGUCAUCCCUCUCGUCCACUUUGGGCACGCUACCAAACAGACACUCCCAUAAGUCUCCGUUUUCGACCAUUUCACCAGCUGACCGGUCCUUGCUCAUCAGCUUUGACAGCGCUGCACGCUCGAGUUCCAGCGUAUUAGCCUGCUCAAUGUUGGAAUCGAGCAACUCCGGCGUCGCACCACGGCUCUUGUUUGCGCCGCGACCCAGAUGUUCCAAGCGCCGUCUUACAGACAAGUUGUAGAUGGACUCCUCGACUGUGCCUGUAACAAUGUACAGCCAAACCGUGGUCUCGUGUUGCUGACCGAUACGAUCUACUCGUGCAAUGGCUUGCAGCUCGAUUGCAGUGUUCAAGAGUGGCUCGCAGAGGAAGACGUGACUUGCAUUAACAAGGUUCAGACCACUGGAAUGUGCUCGAGCAUGAAGCAAGAAACACUCAAUAGCUGGGUCUUCCUUGAACUUAGAUGUACCAUUAGGCUCGUCAAUGGAGGUAUGACCGAUGCGAAAACGCUUCAGCGCAUUUUGCAAAACGUAUAAAAAGUCCUUGUACUGCGAAAACACAAUCGACUUUGCACCGGGGUCAGAUUCUCGCAACCAUAGCAGAUGGCGGACAAGCGUGUCGACUUUGGUGGUAAAGGAUGGGCCAUCGAGUUCCAUGCUUUUAAUUUCAGCAAGUUUGUCUGCAUUGAAAGUUUUGUAGAUGCUUUUGGACGUUUCGGAAUGCACCUGGCGCUCUUGGCGCUGGGGCGACGUAUUGUGAUCAGAAGACUCUCCCGCUACCUCGCUGACAACUUGUAGUUGCUGUGGCUUGAUGGUAAUAUCAUGCAAGUUGUCCGCCUUGAGCGGGCGUUUGCAAACUGGGCAGUUCUUGUGACUCUUGAACCAGAGCAUCAUGCACUCCUUGCAGAAUUGGUGGCCGCAGACUGUUAAGACACCCGUUACGAACGCUGUCUGGCAGAUGACACACAUUCGCGGUUCGUUGGAUUUAGAUCCGUUUUCUUUCAAGUUCAUGACUAGUAAAAGUUAGCAGAUAGAGACACUUAGAUGGCGGUAGAGCAACUCACGAUAACGAUGCUUGGCCUCACCAGCUGCGAGUUUCUUCUUAAGAUCUUCCUCGCUCUUCUUCAUCUUCUCGUCCACAGCGUCAGUUUUGGGACCAUCGUAAGGGAUGACGGCGUCGGACACGACCUGAAGCGCUCUGUAAUAUUCUAAGCGAGCAUUCAUGGCGUCCUUGAAUUCAUCUACCUCCGAAUCUAGAGCAGUGGCGACCUUAAUUUGCUGGGAUAGAAGCUUUUGUGUCGAAUUCAAUAGAUUGGUGACAAGGCUACCUUCGAUGAUGUCGCGGUUUGUGGUAGCCAGGUCUCGCGAAAGACGAAGUUGCAGGCCGCGCAGUUCUCCAAUAGCCCCUCUCAUGGAUGUGUGUGACAUUUUGGGCUUCAGCUCUGCUCUCUUCUGCAGCAGUUCAAUAAGUUUCUCGGGCGCUGGACCGCCGCCAUUCUUGGCAAGACGGAUGCUGUAUUCUGUCUCGUGCUUGACCAGCUCGUUUGUUUGUCCCGAGAUUGCGUCUUGACGAUCGGCGAUAGCGCUCUUCAAAGCCUGGAAAUAUACCAUUAAAUCGUCUUGAAAUUUGGCUGAAUCAACAAGCUCUUCACCAGUAGUUUCCACGUCGUCAUCCUGAUCCACCAGCGGUUUGAGGAGCAGUUGAAUAACAUGCUCCCGCCAUUCAUCCAAAAUAUUCGCUUGCUCAUUCAGUUCUUCGUAAAGAACCUCCAGAGAAUUCAUCACUCUGCCACUCUCAACACCUCGAUCGCCGGUAACUACCAACUCUGGAACUUCAGUAAAGCUUUGACUCGCUGCAGUCUCUUUGAUGCUUGUCAUGAACCCAUUCGCCUUUUUAUAGCUCUCUUGUAGGAUCUCUCUUCGAAUGGCCUUGGCCUCCUCAUAGCCAUCAUCUUCCAACUUCUUUAAUCGCUUAAAUUCUUCAGAAUCUGGCUCUGUCAGUUCUGCAUUGUCUCGGAUCUGAAAGUUGGCACUGGCACAGAAGAAGACUGCCUUAUGAUGCAGUUCGAGAGUGCCGCGCAGCCUGCGACGAAGUUCAAUUAGUCUCCCGUUUGCCUCCAUGUCCAUGUCAGAGUCGGAAUCAUCGACUUGAUCCGUCUUGCCAUUCUGCACGUCUGCCAUCAGCUGUUUUUCUUCCGCUAUAGCAACAGUCAGCUUAUGGCGGGCCUCUUUGACAAGCUUCUCCGUUUCAACUUUGACUUCUUCCCAGACAGAAAGCGCCUCUUUAACUCUCGGACUGUUUUCGUAGAUUUGGCCUCGAGCCAAUUUGCUAGACAGUAGAGAGCGCUCAUCUCCUCUCACGCUAGCCUCGCUUUGCUCCAACAUGGCGUUCAACACCUCAUCAACAGUGCGCAUCGGUCUUUCUUUACUAUAUCCCAAUGCCCUUCUGUUGUGGGUUCCGACUUCAGGGUGUAAAGCAGAUUGCCUAAGCCGAGUAAGCCAGCUGCGCAUCUCAUUCUCGUAUUCUUCAGGCUCCCAAUCAUCAAUUGUUGGUGUACCGUCAACGGUAAGUUUACAUUCAUCCAUCAUCUCUUUAACUAGUGACUGAUAAUGUUGUUCUUCGACUGCGCUAAACGGCAUGGAUAUGACAUAGCGUUUCUGUGGUGGCAAAAGAAUCUCACUUCUCACCAUCGCCUUUGUGUGGCGUAACGAUAUAGAGUGGAAGAGUUGCUCAAAGAUAGGUUUGUGUUCCAUGACCGCUGCCCAGGUUGAAGUAGUAGUCGAAAAGGGUUGGUAGCGGAGAAAUUGAAGUAGUCCAAGUAAGUCCUUGACGUCGUCCUUAACAGGCGUUCCUGUGAUUCCCCACGCGUGUAUGCGAGGUAGCAAACGGGCGACAGCAGCAGCUUGGCUGACACCAUUUUCAAUCAUUUGAGCUUCAUCGAGGCACACUCUCCACCAUAACAAGCGGACAAGCGGAGAGCUUUGACGCUUGUAGACUCUUUCAUGUCGACGAGAUCUUUCUGGUGCUUCUGUCGCAUAAUGGAGUUCUUGUGAAAGGACCGAAUAUGUCGUAAUUAUAACAUCACAGGCAUCCAAUUCCUUCAGCAGCUCAAUCUCAUCAGCAUCAUCAUCCAGCAUCUUCCGGCAUCCUUUGUAAUCCAUCAGCCGUAAGGUCGGUGCGUGGUUGGAAAUCUCCGUCAUCCACUGCCGCCUAAGUGAUUCCGGUGCCACAAUUAGCGUAGCACCAGUUUGGAAUAGCCCAUUUGGCAGUUGUCUAGCUUCCAGUGGUGAGCCGUUUUUCAGCUUGUGGAGAGUAAUAAGGCCGAGAAUUUCGAGCGUUUUGCCAAGUCCCAUCUCCUCAGCCAGGAUGCCACCAGUGAGCGCUUUAUCUGCUGCUUGAUACGGAGAUUUGUCUCUUGUAACAGUAUGGAAGAUAUCGCUCAAAAACAUUUCAUUUCCAUCAGUAUCUUUGACCGCGCGCAAUGUAUCAAACGUCGGCAUAUCGUUGUCAAUAUCUAGAGGAGCAACAGCUGCUAGUGAGCCUGCAUAUUUGACCCCUUCACGACCAAGCAUCCACUUGAGCGUACGUUUUUGGUAGGGAAAGAGUGUAGACUCUAAUGAUGGUGUUUGAAUCUUACUUGCAGAAAUGUCGUCUUUUGAGGGCAGAUAUGCAGCGUCGUAAAAGUCCAUUGGCGAUGACGCUUUGGAGUAUGACUUUGGCGGAAAUAGGGCGUCAAUUAUCAUCUGGCUGACUUCGCGAUGCGGCCCAUUUCUUAAUGGUUGUAAUUGAUCAGCGGUUUCGUUCCAAAAGACUUGAAAAUCGAAAGUCGUUUCAACAAGCCCAUCUUUUGCUAUAAAGGUAACGUCGAUGUUGGUCCAUAUUCCACCGGGCUGAUAUUUUUCAUCUCUACCAGAUUGCCGGGAGGCAAUGGUUCCAAAAAGCUUCAUAUGAACAUCAUCAAGCAUAUGUAUUACAAUAGGUGGCGGAGAUGCUGGGUCCUUGGUCUUGGGAUUCAAGCCAAACUCAUCGCGCUCAUAGUUGAGACGAAAGUAUUGCCCUAUAUUGUGCCUGUACUGGGGACCGUCCACUAGAAUGAUGUUUGGUAGUGGGGUGGAUGAAAACUUCAAGCUUGACUUGCUUAUGCAGAUGGCUCCCGUGACAGCCU